CCGAUUGGCAAUUUUCCCGGCAGAGUUAUAUCUCCUCCACGUUUAGUAAUUGUUUAUGUUUAUUUUACACUAAUUAACGAUGCACCUGCCACAACAAAGGCCGCACCACGACAUCGCCGCGCUCUUCGCGGAGGCGCAACCGGACUUCCUACGCAUUUCAGCUCCAAUGGUGCGCUACAGCAAGCUGGAGUUCCGACGACUUGUCCGGCUCAAUGGAGUACAACUCGCCUUCACGCCCAUGAUGAUAUCCGACUCGAUCAACAACAGCGAGAAGGCGCGUCAGAAUGAGUUCUCCACGGGUGCGGAUGACCAGCCGGUUAUCGCCCAGUUUGCUGCCAAGGAUCCAGCAGAAUUUGUGACCUCCGCACAGCUCAUCUAUCCUUAUGUAGACGGCAUCGAUCUGAACUGCGGCUGUCCACAGAGCUGGGCAAUGGCCAAGGGCUAUGGAUGCGGUAUGCUGCGCCAGCCGGAGCUAGUGCGACAGGUGGUGCAGCAGGUGAGACGCACCUUGCCCGCCGACUUUAGUGUCUCGGUGAAGAUGCGCCUUUUGGGCGGCGAGGAUUCCUUGCAGCGAACCAUUGAUCUGGCCCGCCAGUUGGAGCAUGCCGGCGUCACCUUCCUCACUCUCCACGGACGGACUCCAGCACAGAAGCACUCAAAGGACACGCUCAAUAUCCCAGGCAUGUCAGAAGUGCGUCAGUCCCUGCAAAUCCCCCUGAUAGUCAAUGGCAAUGUGGAGACCUACAGGGAUGCCUGCGAUUUGCAUGAGAAGACGGGAGCAGCUGGUGUGAUGGCUGCACGCGGACUGCUUGCCAAUCCGGCACUCUUUAAUAGCGCUUAUCCGGACGGUAGGAACACGCCGCUGGAAUGUGUGCAACAGUGGUUAGACAUAGCGUCAGCUGCCGGGGAUAACCUGCUGUUCCAGUGCUUCCACCACCACCUGACCUUUAUGUGGAGCGCCCAAAUUCAGCGAGAUCUGCGCGUCCAGUUCAACAGCUUGGGAAGCAAAGGGCAGGUGGUGGAUUUCCUCAAGGAGCACUACAACCUGCAAUACGAUAAUGAUGACCCAACCCCGGCUGACUAUACGGAUUGCACGUACACCCACUUCACACCGCCCAAGCACGCCCGGCACAUUGCCGCCGAGUCGGAUGAGCAGGCCUGGAGUGCGAAGAGCGAUGGCAAGUUCUUUACGGAGUUCAGGGCGCACCAGCUGACCGGCACUGGCGGAGAAGAUCUGGAACUGGGCGGACUUUUUGGUGACGAGGAGUGAAUUGUUGUAUUAAUGUAUCCUUAGCUUUGUAGGUAAAAAGGUUGUACAAAUUAAACAAUGAUUAAUAUUACAAAAAAUAAAUAUAUUAGCAAUAAUCUCGCGACA